AUGCUGGCGGCAAAAAGUCCUGCUGAUGGUACUCCAAGAAGACCUGUUUUAUCUGUCAGUGCAAGAAAAAUUAAAGACAAUGCAGCAGACUGGCAUAAUUUAAUGAUGAAAUGGGAGAGACUGAAUGAUAAUGGAUUUAGUACGGCAAACAAAAUAGUCAACAUGAAGAUCAGUGAGCAAUUUCAAGACAACAAACUGGAGAUAGCAUGUGAUAACAGUGCCACAGAAUCUGAAAAGCCAACUCCAAAAUACAAUGAAGAACUGGACAAUUGCUGUGCAGAAUUACUUGAGACCUUAAAGCAUAUGACAAAAAUACAACUGAAAAUGGAAAAGCUUACUUCGACUACUAAAGCAAUCUGUGAUUUGGAAACAUUCCACCAUGGAGCUGGGAAUUGCACAGCACCCUUCUUUCAUACAUGGCCCACACCGUACUUCUAUGAGGUUUCUCUGAAGCUCUCUGAAAUGUACAAGAAGGAACUACAACUCAAGCAAACAAUUGUACAAGAAAUUGCUCAUUCUGCUGACCAGGAUCUGAUGAUGGUCUAUUUAUCAUCAUGGUUAUACCAGCCUUACAUUGAGAACAGCAGCAAACUACUGCUUGAAGCCAUGCUGCUGGAAACAGGACAUAGACAGUGCUAGAAUUUCAAGUGUUACAUGGCUCACUUCUAGUGAUGCUUACGUGAAACUGAAAUGGCAAAUGGCAAGGCUUACCAAGUAAGUUGAGUCUUUGUAAAACUUAUUAAAAAUAUUUUUCUCUAUUUGCAUUUAUUA